CUGUGUCAAUAAUUUACUGGGCCACUUGAAAAUUGUCAAAGCAAUGUCAACUGAGCAUAUUCCUUUUAGAUACAUUUUUAUCUUUGAUGAAAAAGUAUGAUUUUAAAUAUUCCUUUAUCUCUACUUAGCAGAAUUUCUAUGCGUCAAUGCAUAAGUUAUGUUUUAAUAAAUUUCGCGAUAUUGUUCAAUAAAUACGCAACGUGCCUGUGGUCUCAACAUGCUCAUUCGAAAACACAACUUCUUCCUGUUGUCCUCGAACGCUAUGCAAAACCUCACGAAUUCCCAUUCAUCUUUUCCUCCAGGUCAGCAUCCAGCUCAAAGACACAAUGUGGUUUCCAAUAUGUGUCGGGAGCAUUGUUGGCCCUCGUACUAUUGUAACUGCAGCCUUUUGCUUUGGUGAACCUUCAACGAUCGAAAAAGCUGUGUUACUGAAGCAAAUCGUUAUCGUCGGAGGAACCCACUAUCUGUCACCCAAUGAGUCAGUUGAAUUUAUACUUCGUGAUAUUGUGAAGGAAGUAACUCAUCCCCGAUAUGUUAAAGGAGUAGCAGCUCAUGAUAUUUCCAUUCUAACUGUUCGAGAAAAAUUCGCCUUCGAUGACAGAGUUCGAUUGACAAGAAUAAGGAUGAGUGAUGAAUCUAUUCAGGAUGGUAGCAUUUGCCAGGUUCUCGCAUGGGGCACUCAAGUCAAUUUCGGUGCCGACAUCUUUAAUAUACCCCUUAGGGUUACGACCAUUCGCGUCUACAAUCAUUUAAUGUGCGAACUGAUAUUCGAAAGAGAGUUGUCACCAGAUCAGAUAUGCUCAGAAAGACCAAAUCUCUACGUGCAACCUUGCUCUUUGGAUAUCGGGAGUCCUUUGGUUUGUGACAAUGUCCUUUUCGGAAUCGGGUCAAACUAUUGGAACUGCUCAAAUCCAAAGGAGCCCAACAUGUUCACAUCUGUUUCGAAGUAUAUCAAGUACGUCGCAUAUACGCAAGGCAAUGCGGAGUUUUCCUGCGCUUCCAAUAGUUCGAUCUCAAAAUUAUUUUUAAUAUUUCUCGGAAUUUAUCCGAAAUUGUUUUGUUUCAACUAAAAUAAAAUCUUUUAUCUAUUGUGAUUUGUCAAU